AUGCAAUUUUAAUAAGAGAUAAAAAUAGAAUAAACUAUAAAGAUAGAUAAUGAUUUUAGACUUGAACUUUGUGUAGACUACACAGUCUUGUACAACUUUAUCUAAAAAAAUAGAGAUAUAUUUUUAAAUACCAUUCCAUGGGUGUAAAGUUUUAACACUAUCGAGGACUCUAAAAAGUUGAUAGAUACAUGGCAAUAAGCAUAUUUGCAAGGUACAAAAUCAUGCUACUACAUAAUGCAAAAUGAAAAUGUAGCUGGCUUUUUUUGUUUUAGGACUAUAGAUCUUACAAAAAAAGAAGCUGAAGUAGGAUAUAUGAUGGACAAAGACUAUUAAGGUAAAGGUAUUUUAAGAAAAUGUAUGAAAUUUAUGAUAGAAUAUGCCCUUUAAUAGUACUAAAUAUAAAGAUUUAUAUUAAUCACAAAAUCUAGCAAUCUAAGAAGUUAAAAUGUAGGCUUAAAACUUGGAUUUUAAAUUUUCAAAAGAUAAGAAAUUGGAGCAUAAUUAAAUGGAGUAUCUGAUGACUAAGUUGUAUUUGAACUAACGAAAGAGUAAUAUGAAUAAUUUUUAUAAAACGAAGAAUAAAGUAUUAGUUGA